UUCAACAGCUGAUAGCGUUAGGUCGAAUUAGGCACGACUUGUUGUGUUGUAUGCUAAAAAUAUUAAAAUGUAGUAAACAAUUGUAAACUUAUCAAGAGCGUUAGUCUCAACCACGGUUUGUGCUGUGCUAUACGUACUUUAAGUUUGAAGUGAGUUUGUUUACUAGUGGGUAAUAUUCAUAACCUAAAAUUGUAAACAAAUAAAUAAAAAUAAUAGCAAUAAGGAAUCAAAAUGGGGGUCGAGGGGGUGAUGGUCUCCUACAACUACUCAGAAGACGGUGAACUUGCGAACAUCCUCACUGUAUCAGCUUCAGGCAUUAAGUUCUCCAAGCGAUGGGUCCUCACGCAUGGGUCCAUAUUAUCGCCAUUAAAACAAGCGAAUGUUAUAAAGUAUGCUCGAGGCAAACCUAUCCUUAAUGAGGAGUUCUAUGACAACCUUCCAGAAAUAUACGUUACGUGUGAAAAGACAAAAUCCAAGUUUCCAAAUGUAUAUGAAAAGGUUGAGAAAAUCAGCAGGGAAAGGAGUUUAGACAACGAGGUUGACUUUGAACACAGUAGCUACCAAGUCAGAGUACUGACUGGAAGAAUAUGUCACGUCUGGCAAUGCCCAGUUUUAGACAGAUGUGUGGACGACAUCUUAUACAGUUGGACCAUCGGUCACAGGGAUGGCGACGUGGAGAAACAAACUCAGCUCGGGAAGGCUUUGCUGUCUGUGUUUGUCCUUGUGGACUUGGAGAGUGAUAACCGAAGUCUUAAAACCCUCAGGCCGCUGUCAGAACUUCUCGACAUGGUCGAAGCGCCACCAGACCGUGGAACCAGCAUUCAAGUUCAUUCAACACCAUUUGGUUGUGAGGUAUUCCUAAACGCAGUGACCCGCGGAUCAGUGUGUGGGGUGGUCGGCAAACGGCCGUCUCUCCUCCUAACAGACGCUGCUACAGCCCUUGGCUCUGAAGGGGGCCCCGUGUUCACUGAAGGCCCAACCGCUCGACUCGUGGGCGCGGUGGUGUGCAGCGUGUCGUGGUGGCGCGGCGAGUGGGUGGGGCUGACGCUGGCGGCGCCGCUGCGCGCCGUGCUGGCCGCCAAGCUGCGCGUGCCGCCGCCGUCGCCGCCGCGCGCGCCGCCUGACCCCCACUACGUCGGGAUACUCGACGCCAUAGACCGCAGCACGUUGUUGGUGCGCUGCGGCAGUGCGUGGGGCGCCGGCGUGUACCUCGGCCGAGGACACGUGCUCACCUGCGCGCACGUCGUCAAACACCAUGCAUCGUAUAAAGUUUCUCUCUACUGUCAAAAAGUGAAAGAAACCGCAAUAGUACGAUAUAAGACGAAAGACGACAAGGCGUACGACCUGGCGUUACUUUUCACAAACCCCGAUUACUGGACACAUCUGACGCCUGCAGUUUUUGCCGAGAAACCAGCCCAAAAAGGUGAAUCAGUAUUAGCAGCAGGCUAUCCGUACUUCAACGAGAACAAUCUAGAAGACUUGAAGCCGACGGUCACGAGUGGUCACAUCAACAACGUGUCACCAUCGAUGAUACAAACUUCGUGCUGCGUACAAUCAGGAUUUAGUGGAGGACCUAUAUUCCGCAUAACGAAGGAGCUGAAGGUGGAGGUGCUGGCGACCAUCGUCAGCAACGCGAAGACGGAGACGGGCGCCAGCUACCCUUAUAUAAACAUGGCCGUGCCCACGCAGGCCUUUAUUCGGCUCGUGCAACACUUCAUACUGGACAGGGAUGAGAAAAAGCUGUCCGCGAUCGAAAACAAUAAAGAAAUGAUCCAAUCACAGUGGAGACUACUUCCUUAUCGGUCGAAAAUAUAAAUAAUAGUGAAUUUAUAUAUUUUAAUUAUUUAAUUUACAUUUGUGCAGGACUCAGUGUUGCUAUAGCAUAUAAUAAAUAUCAUAUAAGUCGUGUUGUGGCUAAGAAACGGGUGAAAAAUAUUAAUAUACGAUUCCCUCAAGUGACAAACUUUACUUAGCUUCAAUAUUGUUUAUGAGACAACAGAAAAAUGUUCAUCCAGCAUCUUAAUUUCAAAGAUAUUUUAAUUACUAACAUUAAUAAGAAACUUGAGCAAAUCAAAUUGAGAAAUGCUUCCCAGUUCUCUAACCAUUAAAAUUGCUGGUCAAGGA